GCCACGGAAGAAGAACUUGUUGUUUUUUCCUAAGACAUCCUUUAAGUUUCUUCAACUUUUGUUAAAAAUGAUCUGGGCUUGGAUUUUUAUUGGCCUUACCUUCAUCUCCAAGCUGCAUGGGUAUUCAAAUGGCGACUUCCCAGAGGCGUGUGAGUCAAUGAGGCCUCGUCAUGGUCGUGGUGGGGCAGAGAGUCUUCCUGAGACAUCUGAACCCCCUUACAUGGUUAGUUACCAGCUCAGCAGUAACGUUGGAGACCCAAUCACAGUUUCCCUCGAAAGCAAGAACGGUUUCAUGUUUAGAGGAUUCAUGCUGGAAGCUCGUAACCUGAGCUUAAAUGGUGACGGUCCCCCACUUGGGAAAUUUAUCAUGCUUGACUCUGACCAGUCGAUACUCCUGAAAUGUGGCAAUUCACAGGACUCAGCUGUGGGUAAUGCCCACAAUCUGGCCAAAAGAUUAGUCAAAGUAAACUGGACCGCAGACGGAGAAGAGCAAGGCAUUGUAUUCAGAGCUACUUUCCUUGAAUCAUACUCAAAGUACUGGGAACGUGUAAAUGUAACAGUGCUCAGACUCACAAGCACUCCAGAACCACAGACAACAACUGCAACAGCAACAACUGCAGCAGCAACAACUGCAGCAGCAGCAACAACCCAAAUACAUACAACAAAAGACAUAAUCACAACAGUACAAAGUAAUACAAUCCCAGCCACACACAACACAACAAAUAAGACAGUAAUUAUUCUUCUGAUUUGCGUGGCAAGUCCUCUAGCGGAGAUGAGCAUGCAAAUACCUAUCAUAAUUAUGGCUGUCCAUCUCACAUCAUCAUUGUGUCAUCACUUACAUCUCACAACAUCGUUUUGUCAUGACUUAUGUAAGAAGUUCAGGAUUGCAGGCAGUUCACUUUCUGUUUUGUUUUCCUUGGCAACACUCAUUUUAUCCUUGAUAUACAACUCCAGAGAUGUCAUUAUUGGCCUUGUGAGUGUUGUGCUGGCGAUUAGUUCCAUGGAGUGGAUCCUUGCAGUGCUGCCUUUGGGACCAAGCCAUGAGCUAAAUGAACUCGUUGACUGUGCCCUUUGGGUGUGUUUUGUCUUCCACCAAGUUUUAAUAAAUGUUUUUCUCUAUGUCGGAAUCAGCAGCUUGUUUGAGGAAUGGGGACAAACAACAAGAGUGUUUUGGCUUCUGAUUGUUCACACAUCCUUGACAGUAGUUUGGAAUAUGGUGCUCUGCGCCAAGAAGAAAACAUUACUGCAGAAAAAAAGAGUUUCUGUCAUCGGUAAGACUAAAUACAAUCAGCAUCAUAAAGGAAACAAGGAGCAUCUCUCACCAAAAGGAGUGGUUGUUGUACUCUGUUCUGUUACCCUGGUGGUUUUGAGCACAUCUCUGUCAGUACUAAUCUUUGUUGACUAUUUUUGAUGCUGAGGAGCUGCAUCAAAAAUAGACUUAUUCACACACCUAGUAAAGAAGUGGGUGGGGGGAACUUAAAAUAAAUCAAACGUUCUCCGACAGUGACUUUAAUUAUUAUUAUUUCCUUUGCUUUCUUGUUUACUGUAAAUGGUUGCUGGACAAACUUGACUCCCUGUACAGUCUUAAUUGGACACUUCAUGUCAUUUAAAACAUGUGAUCACUGCUGCAAGACAGACAAUGUUGAUCUUCUCACUUCUAAACAUUAUCUGUCUUACUUAAAUGGCAUGCUCAUAUUUUUCCCAAUUUAAAGAGAGGCUAAUAGAAUUGAAUUACUGUUUAAUGUGCAGACUCUUUGUUCAACUUGUAAAAGCAAAUUACAAUUGGGAUUUUUUUUCUCACAAAAAAUCCAUGCAUUCAAAAGAUUAUAAGUUAAAUACUUAGACAUGUAAAAGUCGACCUUUUUACAACUUUUUCCACAUCUUCACUGGGUGUGCGAAUAAAUGUAGGCUAUGAAGAAUAUUGGAAACAAUAUACAAUAUAGCAUGUUUAAUCAAAAAUAUGGACAUAUGCGCCCUUUCUCCCUCUUUUAAAGAUGUUAAUAAUUUCAAAGAUUAAUAAAAGUUGUUAUUUAUAUGUUAGAGCCUUAACUGAAAUGCAGAAAGCUCCAUUGUUCAAACUGAAUACUAUUUCCACAAAGUUGUCUCCAUUUUUUGCCACCAUGUCAGCGCUUAUCAUUAGUUCAACAUGUAUCAAUGGUAAAACAUUUACUUUGGUUCCGGUAUCAUCUUAUAAAUGUGUAUGUUUUUCUGGUAAGCUCAGGUCAUCCAAAGGGAUGUUUUCAAUCACCAGUGGAAUAUUUUAAAGGCGAUGCUGAGAUUGAGUAGCUGCAUGCAAAAAAUAGCUCACUAAAUCACACAUAUCUUUAAGAUAAUGGAAAAAAGUGGAAAGGUUGUUACAGCCAGAAGUAGCAAAGGGUGAGAUUAAAGUAAACUGAAGAGCAUGCCGUAAAACAGUUUUAUUGACUGUUUAAAUAGGUCAGCCUGUUGUUGAUCCUUUGCACUCUUCCGUGCUUUCUUCAAAGUCCAAUAGUCAAAUGUAUGUUCUGUUUCUUAUAUAUUUAACAAUACAAUAUUUAUGAUUUUGUACAUCUUUUAUAAGAAAACAGCAUUUAUAUUUAUACAUUUCCAAUGAUUAACUCAGUUGUUAACGUCGACUAACUGAAGGUGACAUCUUCUAAAUUUUCUUCAGCUUCCUAAUUUCUCACAAGUCCUGCAGAAUCUUCUCAUAUUGGGGCAGAUGUUGAUUAUGUACUACUGCUGCCAUGAAAACAUGUCAGUCAAAAGACCCAGUGCUUCUGUCUUGUGAUCUCGGUUAAUAAAAGGUGUGUCUCUGUACGUACGUUCCUGAGAUAUGUUGUAAAAGAUUCAUCUGCUUCUCUGUCAAUAAGCCUUUACUUCCUGGUUUCAUAACUGAAGUUUGUUGUCCUAUUUUCUUCACUGCAAAGAAAAUUUCAAAAAGUGCGUCUUGUGGUUUUUAAAAAGGCAGAGAAGGCCUUUAUUUGACAGCAAAAAUUAGUUUAAUCAUAGUCACAUCUCAAAUUAGACCUUUUAUUUUUUUCAUUAACUGAAUUCAAAAAGUAGAGCUAAUGUUAAUAUUUAAACCUAAAUUCAGUUUGGCAGGAAAUAUCAGUCCAAUGAAGAAAUGUCUUUUGUUCUCAAAUCUUUUGGUUAUUACCAAAGCAGUCAUGAACAUGAUGACUACCAUCUUACAUUCAGUUACUGACAUCCUCCUUAAAAGGUCAUUGUUAAAGAAGCUUCCUGUUCACAGUGCUGCAUCCAAUUAUAUUAAUAGAAAAGUUAAGUAAUUGUUGAUUAGUUUUGGCCAGGUCUCUCUUUAAAAAAAUUUUUUUUCAAUCUCAGAGGGACAUACAUGGUUAAAUAAUGUUAUAUACUUACUUCUUCCUACAGUUUGAGGUAAGCAAAUCAUAACUUUUUAGUGUUGCCAAAACCUGCUUCAGGGCUCAACCUUUAGUCAGUUUCAUUUUUAGUUUACGAUUCUGACUGUAAUGUGGUUUGUUUUCUAUGCUGUACAUUGUUCUGUAUUCUGAUCGAUUACCUUUCUUGUGAAGCACUUUGUGACAGGACAUGGCUCAAGAAAUUGAGUUUUUUUUUUGUCCCUGUUUGCAUCUGGAUUUUUUUUUUAUGUCUGCUGACAAAUAGCUUCUUUCUUGCCAAGUGACCUUCCAGCCUAUAUUAGAACAUGUGACCAGCUUCAGCCAGCAUUUUCACAGUCAUAGGCUUUUGUUCUUGGAUUGAUUUGCACAUUUUGGACCAAAGCAGAUUUAUGCUUAGGACAUAAAACAUGUCUCCUUCAUUGACAGUUAAAUAUUUAACUUUGUAAAAAGUUGUAACUUCUUAUCGUCUUCAAGCCAUAAUCACCUAGUUGACAAUAACAAGUACUUGGAAGAUGUCACUUUGUGUGUUUUGAA